AUGCCGAUUUCCUACGAUAAAUGGGAUAGGCUCGAAGUAUCAGACGACUCCGAUGUUGAGGUCCAUCCCAAUGUCGACACCAAAAGUUUUAUCCGAGCAAAGCAACGUCAGAUCCACGAACAACGAGCCCAGCGAAAGCACGAAAUAGAAACUCUCAAAUAUGAACGGAUCAUCAACGAUGGCCUCUUGGAACGCAUCAAUGCCCUUCUGGAUGCGCUAAAGAAGCACCAAGACGAUGCAAACAAGAAGAAUCCUGAUGAGAUUGUAUUUCAGUCGCUGAUCGAGAGCGCCGGCGAUCCUGCCAAAGAUGAACCACCCAAACCACCAGAGGGCAUUUACACACACGAGAAGGAACCACAACCACGCUAUUCCCGGAUGAUGGGGACUUUGGUUGACCAAGUGAAGAAGGAGAUCGAUGAGAAGAAGUCGACAGAUCGCUACAAGGAUUUUGUGGAGGGAGUCGGUGGCCACUUGACAAAGGUUCAGAAGCUACAGCAAGAUUUGCUGAAGCGACUGGCGCAGUUGGAAAAGGAAGCGAAAGCCAAGAUUACGAGUGAGGAUAUACAUGAUGGUUUUAAUUCCUCCCAUGUGAACAAAUCGAAACCGAAAGCCACCGAGAAAGAGAAACCCAGAGAGACAACCAAAACAGUCGAACUAAUAAAUGCACCCAAAGGGUUAAGCUCGGCGACACGAGAUGCCCCCAAACCCCCAGAUGUUACCGUCUCUUCCGGCGCGGAGGCAGAUAUCGAGGAUGAUGCACUGCUUGACAAACAUGAAGGCGAAGAAGGGGACGGAACGAAUCUGAAACUUACGCCGGAGGGCAAACAGUUUGCCAAAAUCAAGCUAGGUGACUACCGAGCAUGUCUCCAAUUCAUCUCGGAGCAUCCAGGAAUUAUGAAUGAACGAACACAAGACGCAUUGAUGAUCGAAGCAUUCAAUGCCCAAAUGAAGGGUCAAGAUACCUAUGCUCGAACUUGUGUCCAUCAGAGUCUUCUCAUUCAAUAUUGUCGGCAACUCGGCCGGGACGGUGUUGCAAUGUUUUUCAGGCGCAUCACAACAAAAGGUCAUCAAGCCCAGCAAGUCUUCAACAAAGAUCUAGCCGAGACAUAUGGUCGUAUCAGAACUCGAGCAGCAGAAUUAAGCAAGGAGGAAGGUAAUGAUCCAGCUGGAGUGGAGCAGAUCCAACUGCAUGCGGUUGAGCCUGGCACAGAAAUCCACAUCAACGUCCCACAAGCUGGCUCGGAGGAUCCUGUUGAGCAGCAAGCGCGUGAGAUUUUCGACCGUUUCCCACCAGGGCUGCAACGUGCUCUCGAAAGUGGCAGUCUGGACGAGGUGAACUUGGUGCUUGGAAAAAUGAGCGUCGAUGAGGCAGAAGAGAUUGUGGAAUUGCUGGGCCAAGGUGGAAUGCUGAGUCUUCAAGAAGGUGUCAUUGAUGCUACCAAUGAGGAGGGUCAGAGGAGAUUGAAGGAAAUUGAGGAAGAGGAGAAACGAAAGAAGUCGGAGAAGGGCAAAAGCGUCGAGGUAGAGAGUGAGCCUGGUGAGGCUGUGGAGGCGUCCUAG